AUGCAGACAGACGAAGUCAAAGCACUCCACACACAAACGCAUGUCCAACCAGUUCAGGAUUCAAGCCAUUUCAGCACAUUAUACUUGAAUACAUUUUGGGGCAACCCUCAGAUUCAUCUUCCGAUGUUGCAUGAGUUCUCCCCAAAUGUAUCAUCUCUCAGUAAUGACUCAACUUUUGAUGCAAAGAAAGGGUGCCAACUGAACGCUGUGGAUGAGAAGAGGCAUAAGAGGCUGCAAUCCAACAGGGACUCUGCUAGAAGAUCGCGCCAGCGCAGGAAAAAGCAGCUUGAAGAGCUGCAGUCUCAGGUCAAUCAUCUCUUUGCUGUGAAUCAUCAGCUCACUGAAAAGCUCAUCUAUUUGUUGGACUGCAACAACAAGAUGCUCCAAGAGAAUGCCCAACUCAAACAACAAGCAUCUUUCCUUCAAAAAGUUAUUGCAGACAGAAAACACAGUUCAAAUUUUAACUGA